GAUGGCCGCUCGUUUAACAUUAUUUUGUUGUAGGACAUAAACAAAUAUUUAGUGAAAUAUUACGCUUUGUAUGGUAACUACACAGCACCGGGAAAGUAUCGACAUUGUUAUAACUGAGCUAUUGUGCCCACUGGCAAAAACGGAGUUAUCUUUUCAGUUUGGUACUCAGUGUUUUUCCCCGUUCGUCCUAGGCCUAGCUUCACUUGAGCAGCGGGUUGGUAGUUUCGGAUGAAACGGGCAAUCGGUUUGAAAGAGGCAGGUUCGGUUAGGCGAGUGAAUGACGUUUAGCAAGCUAACUUAGGUCGAUAUUUGCAUCGUUGUACAGAAGUAAUAUUUUGAAUAACCACUUUCAAAUUUAUGAAACUUAACUCGCUAGUUGGGAUUUGAAUAGCUAGCUAGGUAACAUGCUAACUUGUUAAAUGAAACUGAGUAUGGUAGCAGCUAACGCUAGCUACACAUGCUAAUCUAUUUAUGAUAGAGCUAGUUAGUCAAGGUGAUCCGAAGUAUAUAACGAACGUUACAAUAAGCUACCAUAGUUAUCUAAAUCAUAACUAGCGGAUUGAAAAUAGUGUAAUCCUAUCAAAACACAGCUAGCUAGCGUGUGACGUUGUCAUUGUUUUGACAGCAGCACCAGGCUGGAGCGAGUUUACAGUAUGCCAGAGUUAUAGCAUGGAUCCAGACAGUGAGCCGGAUACACAACGAGCUCUCAGUUUGCAAUGGAAGAGCUAUAAGCUCGUCCAAGACCCCGCCACCCGGAGGGUUAACAACAAAAUAUACCGAUAUGAUGGGGUGCAUUUCAGUGUGCCGGACUCGGGGUUCCCCCCAGUGGGAGAUUUGCGGGACCCUCGACCUCGUAGAAUCUGGUCCAGGCACACAGAGAUGGCCCUGCCAGUGCCCAAGUUCAAACUGGAUGAGUUCUACGUGGGCCCCAUUCCCCUCAAGGAGGUGACCUUCGCUCGCCUCAAUGACAACAUCAAGGAACCCUUCCUGGCUGAGAUGUGCGCAAAGUUUGGAGAGGUGGAGGAGAUGGAGAUAUUGUUUCACCCCAAGACCCGUAAGCACCUGGGCCUGGCCCGUGUGCUCUUCACCAGCACCAGGGGGGCGAAGGACACGGUCAAACAGCUGCACAACACCUCCGUCAUGGGUAACAUCAUUCACGCUCAGCUGGACAUCAAAGGCCAGCAGAGGCAGAAGUAUUAUGACCUGAUAGUGAGUGGCUCCUACACGCCCCAGACUGUGCCCACAGGAGGCAAGGCCCUGACAGAGCGGUUCCAGCCCCCAGCGCCAACACAACCAGACACGUCGUCAGAUAUCAGGCGGAGACUGUCCUCUGAGAUAGCUGGCCUGGCUGCGGGCUUGGCUGCAGGGGUACCGGCUCUCACCCCUGGGAGCACCACCCCCUGCUCUGUGGACACAGGCUUCAGUGAGCAGCGUCUAGACACGACCCCCUCCUCCAUGGGGGGGCCCUACACCCCAGGCUCCUCCGCUUCCUCGCAGGGAGGAGGAACGCCCUACACCCCUCGCUCUGUCUCACAGGACUCGGGCUACGCUGUUGCCAGACAAGUUGGAUACAGUGCUGGCCCGUUGACCAGUGGCUACCCUCCCCAGGACAUGCUUCCAUCCUCCUCCUGCUCCUCCUCUACCGUCUCCUCCUCAGUCGGGGCAUACAAAGCUCCCCGGUACUCGGAAGACCCCCAUGCACCUCCUCAAGACCUCUACCAAAGGUGUCGCCCCACAUACCCCCCUACCGGCCCUUUUCGUCCUAACGAGCCCCCGCUCUACCCCACAUACCCAAAUGCUGGAGGGGCUGGACAGCACAUGGCACACCACCCUGCAAUGCCUCCCCCACCUCUUGCACCCCAGUACGAGCAGCCCCCUCUGGCAGACCGGGACAGAGAGAGGGACAGAGAGCGGGACAGGGACUCAGGAGGGCGGCACAGUGCCGGUGGGAUUGGCUCUAGAAGGUCAUCUUACCAGGAGGCCAACUCUUCCUCCAAGUAUUCUCACCACUCGCAUCACUCAGAGAGGGAGAGGGGCUACAGACGGGACAGCCUGGGCUCCAGAGAACACGGCAGACACCGUAACCACCACUCGCACAAUCACAGCAGUAGUAGUAGCAGCAGCCGGCGACGGAGCAGCCACGACCGAGACAGCAGGGAGAGGGACAGAGACAGCGACUACUCAAACAGCUCCGACCCCAGAUUCAACUCCAACUCCCACCGCUCCUCCUCCAACAGCCUGUCCCCGCCUCCAUCUGCCUACCCCUCCUACUCUUCCUCCAAAGACCAACCCCCUCCCCACAACCCCUCUGUCUCCUCCCGCUUAGAGCCCUCCUCAGUGUAUCGUGCCCAGCCUAGUGGUGCUGGUUCUGGGGAGAGGGGGUCUGUGUCUGACAAGGACCCCCGGUCCCACCACACCCCUCUGCCGCCCCCUCCACCACCUCCCCUGCCCCCUGCCUCUGUGAUAGCGGCGGCUGUAGCAGAGACGCUCAGCGCCCUUGACUUUGGCCAGGAGAGCCCAGCCAGAGAGGAGACGUGGACCAAGCCCAAACGCCGGCCCACCACCCCACCUCCCCCUCCUCAGCAUCCCUCCACCCCUCCCUCUUCUCCACCCCACUCCUCCAUCGCUUCCUCCUCCACUUCACCCUCCUCCACCUCCCUCCCACACCAUCUCCCCUCCUCCACUUCCCUCUCCCCACCCCCCCAGCGAGACUCUUCCUCCCCGGAGCCAGAUUCCACCAAUGAGAGCCUGCCAUUUGUCUACCACAGCAGCAGCUUAGACUCUCGUAUUGAAAUGCUCCUGAAAGAGCAGAAAGCUAAGUUCUCCUUCCUGCCCUCUGAUGAAGAUGAGGGAGAGGACAGAAAGGAAGAAAGGCAGAGAGAGAAGGUGGCAGCAGCAGGAGAGGGAGGAGCAGCAGGCGAGGGCAGGAGCAAUAAGCAGAGGGAGCAGGAUGGGGAGAAAGACAGGCGGAGGAGACAAGGAGGAGAUGGUGGAGGCCAGCAGAGGAGGAAAGGAGAGAGGGAUAGAGAUGGCCGUAGAGGGAGGAAGCAGAGAACGGGGGGAGAGGGGAGGAAGAGUCCCACUGUAGUAGCACAAGCCCCCUCCUCCUCCACCUUCUCUCCCUGUGUCCCCACCACAGAUAACCAUACUAGUCUCCAUGGAACAGGACCUCUGCAGCAGGAGACAGCCCAACCUGAGCCUAUUGAUCCAAGGACCAGACAAGGGGCACAGACACCCCCCUACAACGGAAAGAGUCAGUCAUCCCCUCAUUCCUCUGGGGAAGACAUGGAGAUCUCCGACGAGGAUGAAGAACACACCAUUACAGCAGUGACCACCCACCACGCCACUCCUUCCUCCGUCUCUUCUCCAUCUUCAUCCCAGGCCCCCCUGCCCUCCCAGACAGACCCCUCUACCUCCCCCUCUGACCCCACACAGCACUUUGGCACGUCCAUGCCUGCUCCACCCAUCCCCUCUUACCCCUCUCACCUCCCUCCCCCAGGCUUUUCCCUGCAGCCCCCUCCACCCCCCUGCAUCCCCCCACCGCUGGGCCACAUGGAGCUGCACCCUGAGUACCCUCCUCACAUGCCCCCACACAUGUAUGACUAUGCCAGCAGUAUGGAGCUGAUGAACCAGUACAGUGGCGGAGCCCCCAUGUCCUUCCAGAUGCAGACCCAGAUGCUGAGUCGGCUGCACCAGCUGAGGAUGUCCUCCUCUAAUGGCACCGCUGCCCCUGGCGACGCCCCCCCUUCAGACUACUACCACUCCAUGCCCCCUCCCUCACACCCCCACCACCCCUACAUGGACCAAGAAGGGGGUGGCUAUGAGCAGGAUCAGCACUACAUGCCCCCCCACAUGCCCUACGCCUACCCUGGCCCCUCUCAGAUGCCCCACCACCACGCCAUCCCCCCUCCACACACGGGCUGGGCCCCGCAUGUCUUACCCGAACACUACGCGUACCACACCCCUCCGCCCUAUGGGACUAUGCCUCCUGUGGGGGGAGAGGCCCAGUACGGGGCGGAGGGAGACCCCCAAAUGCCCCUGCUAACAGAGAACCCCCACGAGGCCACAGUGCAGCUGGUGCUGGCCACCCUCAUCCAGGAGAUGAAGAGCAUCAUGCAGAGGGACCUCAACCGCAAGAUGGUGGAGAACAUCGCCUUUGGAACCUUUGACGAGUGGUGGGAGCGCAAGGAGACCAAAGCCAAGCCGUUCCAGACCAUGGUUCGGGGUGUGGCUGCAGUGAGGGACGAGGACAAGAAGGAGGAGAACAAGGCCAGCAGCAAGCCCCGGGAGCCCCUCAUGUCUCUGGUGGACUGGGCCAAGAGUGGAGGAAUGGAAGGCUUCUCACUGAGAGGGGCUCUACGACUACCAUCAUUCAAGGUGAAGAGGAAAGAACCUCUGGAGCUAGCAGAGGUAGGAGAGAUGAAGAGACCCAAGACACCGCCAGAGGAUGACGACGAAGACUCGUACCAUGACAAGGGUCUAGAGGGAAGAAUGGCAGAUGGGGAGGGCCACAGGGCUGAGAGGGACAGCAGGCGGAGGAAGAAGAAGACGAGAAGUCGUAAACCUUGGGACCUGGACAGCGAAGGAGAAGAGACUUCUGAUGGUUCUUCUUCAGAUAAGGAGGAUGAGGAGGAGGGAAGUGACAAGGGGUCUGAAGAUGAGGCUUUGAGUGCGGACAGCGAUGAUGAGAGCCUCUCCUCAUCCACAGAGAGUUCUUCCUCCUCAACAUCAUCAUCCUCCUCUUCCUCUGAAGAUGAGGAGGAAGGAGAGCAGGCCGGCAGUGGACUGGACACCAUGGAUGAAUCUACGAUGGACAGCACAGCUCUGGACACAGAGAAGGGGGAUGACCGAGAAAAGUCUGCAGCUGCUGUUCCAAAGGCACCGCUCAGCGCCGAGAUCAAAGCUGAAAUUGCUGCCAGCAAGAAGGAUUCAUCAACACUCAGCUCAAACGCUCGUCCUCCAGCCCCCCGUCCCUCCUCCCCAAUUGUCAUUGUGCCUCCUCUCAAGAAGCGAAGGAAGACCGUCUCGUUCUCUACCGGGGAGAGCGACUACAAACCCCACCUUCCAACUGUCCCCUUGUCCCCACCUCCCUCCACUGCCUCUCCUCUCUUGUCCCACAUGAAAUCUCACCUUCCAGACUCCAUUUUCAUCGCCUCCAUACCUGGAACCACCCCCUCCAAGACUCUCUCACUCCUCCCCUUUGCCUCCAAACCAGGCGAAGGCAAUGCCCUCUCUCCCUCCCCUGUUCUCACUGUUCCCUCGCCUGUACGCCCCGAAGACUCAAAAAAGAGCCCUGUCCUGGUGUCCCCCCCAAUCACCCCCACCAAGUCCCCCAACAAACGGGGGGCCACCCCCAAAUCCCCCGCUCCAGUGUGGGUGUGUCGCACCGUGCAGAACCUCCCCCUGGACCACGCUUCCAUGGUCAAGAUGGCCUUCGAGGAGGCCCCGCCCCCUGUCACAAAGGGCCGGGGCAGGGGACGCCCCAGGACUGUCAGCCUGUCGAUCCCCACCCCUCCCCCCUCUUUCAACACCCUCAGAGAGGAGGAGGAGGAGGAGGAGGAGGAAGAGGGACUGCAGAGGCUGAGACUCAGUGAGCAGCUGGGAGCAUCCAGCCUGCUACAGCUGGGCUCGGCCCCCACGGCUGAUCUGUCUGUCCUGGCUGAUGUGGCCCUGAAGCUGGCCCCAGAUGCUGGAGACUCAGAGGAGACGGAGACGUCAGACGAGGCAGAGGAGCAGAAGAUGGAGGAGGAGAUGCUCCUCUCUCCCAAAGCCCUCUCCCUGGUUAUGGACCCACAGGGCCUGUCUACCCUGCAGGAGCACAACUAUUCCAAAGCCCCCUUCCACCUCAUCCCUGCCCAAAAGAGGAGUGUCUCCAAACAGGAGUCUGGGGUGCUCCUCCCUGCAGACUUCAACCAUCACGCCAUCUCUGGGGUGCUGGAAGCUCCUGAGGAGGUCAUAGGGGAACCCCUGCCCUCUAGGGACAGACACCAGGCUGAGUACCUGUCUGGCAUGGGGCUGCUGUGUGAGGAUGGAGACAUGGCCAAGGCCUCUGUGCUGACAUCUCUCACCCCAUCAGACAAGAGGAAGGGAAUGGUGGCGAAGGGCAGUGAACUGGAGGAGAUGGGGAAAGAGAAGAACAAGAAGAGGAGGAGGAAAGAUAAGGAAAAUCUGGAGUUGCAGCAAACGAAAAAGCAGAAGGAACAUCAGACCAAGAAACAGAAGAGGAAACUAGAGGAGGUGGACCUGGAGGAGGAUGUGGACGUGGAGCAGCUGGAGCCGGGUGAGCUGUCUAACACGGAGGACGAGGAAGAGUGGGACGAUGUGAGGAAGAGCGAGCGCCUCUUCCUCCAGGAGGCCGGGUUGACUUCGUCGCAGCGUUGGCCCAAGCCCAUCCCUGCCCCGGAGCCCGUCACGUUUGACCAGCGCAGCGAGUUUGAGCAGAUGACCAUCCUGUACGACAUCUGGAACUCUGGUCUAGACAUGGAGGACAUGACGCUGCUGAAGACAACCUACGAGAAGCUGCUGCAGGACGACCACAGCACCGACUGGCUCAACGACACACACUGGGUCCACCACACUGUUACCAACAUCCCCAACCCGCGGCGUAAGAAGAAGAGUGCAGACGGGCAGCUGCGGGAGCACGUGACAGGCUGUGCCAGGAGCGAGGGCUACUACGCCAUCAGCAGGAAGGAGAAGGAUGUCUACCUGGAUCUGGAACUGCCUGAGCAGGCCCUACUGGAGGCUGCCGACUACGACGCCUCGGGCUCAAACCGGCUGCUGUCAGAGAGACGGUCGGAGCAGCGCCGCCUCCUCAGUGCCAUAGGCAUCCCUGCAGUCAUGGACUCUGACCUGCUCAAACUCAAUCAGCUCAAGUUCCGGAAGAAGAAGCUUCGAUUUGGCCGCAGUAGGAUCCAUGAAUGGGGCCUGUUCACCAUGGAACCCAUUGCUGCUGACGAGAUGGUCAUUGAGUAUGUGGGCCAGAAUAUUAGACAGAUGGUGGCUGACAACAGAGAGAAGCGUUAUGCCCAGCAGGGCAUUGGGAGCAGCUACCUGUUCAGAGUGGACCACGACACCAUCAUUGAUGCUACCAAGUUAGGCAACCUGGCACGCUUCAUCAACCACUGCUGCACUCCUAACUGCUAUGCAAAGGUGAUCACCAUAGAAUCCCAGAAGAAGAUCGUGAUCUACUCCAAGCAGGCCAUUGGCAUGAAUGAAGAGAUUACCUACGACUACAAGUUCCCUCUAGAGGAAAAUAAGAUUCCCUGUCUGUGUGGAACAGAGAACUGCCGUGGGACGCUCAACUAGAUACCACAGCAUGACCACUCAUGCGGCAGUACCCCAUUUCAGUCCCUCCUGUCCCCGCACCACAACCCCUGACUAUAACCAAGGACAAAGCCACACCCACCACCAACAGCCCCCCUCCAGACCCCAAAGCCCACCUGCUCCUCCAGACUGUCAAACAGUUGUCUGUACCAUAUCCAGAAAACAGAGAGAGAGACAUGCAACGUUUGCACUGUUCACACGCUUUAAUUUACCUGGGGUUAUGGUUUAUUAUCUUAGGGGCUGUGAGACUCUCCUUCCCAGGGGUGUGAUUAAUAAUCGGGCCCCCUCUCCUGUACCCCAAACCCCUGAAAUGCAGCAUUAGUCUCCGCUGUAGCAGGAUUUAAUAACUUAGGACCACUUGUUCCCGUUUGGUCAAGGGUGGACAUUUUUUCCCCCCCUGCCAACAGCCUUUCCUUGGAAUAGAGAAUGCAACCGUAACCUAUCAGAACUGGUUUUGUGUGUCUUGUCUGCCUCCGCACAGAUAGGGAGUGGUCCGGAAGCUUCCGCUAACCCAAACCCUCUGCCCACACAAACCAAUCCGCACAUAGACGCACAGGAUUUACAAACAUAUUCAGGGUUUUAAAGGCGUUCGUUCGCAGCGCAGUGUUAGUUACACACUAAUCCAUUGGGACUUCAGUUAUGCAAGAUUUCCAAAAAUGAAGAUUGUUAGAGCUUUGUCAUUUUAUAGUAUUGCAUAUUCUUAUUACUAUUCUUGUUCUGAUUUAGUUGCGUGAGCUGUAGGUGGGUGCGUGACUCCCCUCACCAGUUUGUUUGGAGGAGAGACCAUAGACUUCAAUAUUUGUUUUUCACCAUGCUACAUAAGAACAAAUCAUUUGUAGAGGAAAUAGUCUAUGGCGUCACAUCAGUUUAUCUUUAAAGCUUCAGAUAGCUGCUGAGUUUUAGUCUGCAGGUUUAUCUCAAUUUGGAAUGCUUUGUUUGUUCCUUUUACGUUCCCCUUUCCCCAUUGUGAUGUUGUCCCUCCUCACGUUAGGAAGCAGAGAAAGGACCUGACCCAUGUGUAUCUGUGUGUGUGUGUGUGUGUUUUAAGAGAAUGUAUUCUUACGGAAGCGAGUAAGUUUUUAUUCCUGUCGUGUGAAUGUGCUCUCACUGUCAAUUAGUAGUUUUGUGCUAUUGAACAACCUGCAAAUGUCAGGUUGUCUGUGCUUUUUGUAUGACAUGGUCAAGGCACACUUGUCAGGAAAAAUGUUUCUAUGAAAUCUCCCUUAUUUGGCAAACCAUUACAGACAAAUCUGUUCAAAAAAUGUUUUUAAUUUAAAUGUAACCUUUAUUUAACUAGGCAAGUCAGUUAAGAGCAAAUUCUUAUUUACAAUGAUGGCCUACCCGGCUCGACACUGGGCCAAUUGUGCGCCACCCUAUGGGACUCCCAAUCACGGCCGGAUGUGAUACAGCCUGUAAUCGAAACCAGGGACUGUAGUGACGUCUCUUGCACUGAGAUGCAGUGCCUUAGACCGCUGCGCUACUCGGGAGCCCGAACAUAUCUCUGCCCCAUUGACCCUUAUACAAGUGUUGAGGUCUGUGUAUGUUGGACUUAGUCAUUGAGUGUGUGUUCUGAAUGGUUUUAAAGGGUUAACUUAUGUGUAGAUCAGAUCUGGUAAAUCUAGUUUCUAGUUAAGUCGAUCUCGAGGGGUCAUUUUUCACUGUUAUUCAUGCUCUCUCAACUCAAGCAGUCGCUGUCCCAAGUUUUAAUCUUUGAUUUAGAUGUUUUAAAUGUCACAAGGCCCCUCCAUGUUCUCUUCCUUCCACAGCAGAAAAGUUAUCUAUAUUUCUUUUUGCAACAGGCGAUUUUCAGUACAAACCAACCUCUAACUUUAAAAAUAAAAAGAUGGGAAAAAAGUUCUGACAAAUGUACAUAUUGUAGAAGUGUUUGUUUCUCGUAGAAACACACUGGUUCCAGUCUGUAAAUACGUUGUUCCUUUCCUACUUCCCAUGAGGAAAACUGUACAUACCUUCCAUUGUUCUUUUUUGUUUUUCCUUUUAAUUUGAUUUUAAUAUUAUUUGCAAUAUUUCUCUUGUAUUAAUGCGUUGGACUCUUUUAUUAAUGGUGCAUUAAAAUAUUUUGUA